AUGGAUGCUAAGCUGAAGAGUCUGUUUGCGGAGUACUCAAAUAUUUUGCAUGAUAAACAGGUAACUACAGUUUCCAGUGGUCCGCCGACUUCAACAGGUACUUCAGAGACUUCUGCUGGUCCAAUGCAUUCAGGCUCUUCAACCGAGGUCUCCUCCACUUCAUCUGGAAGCACUUUCUGGGCAUCUCGCAAUCGGAAAAAAAGAGACCCUCUUGCUACAUCAUCAGAAGAACUAAAGAGGUAUUAUGCUGAGCCUGAACCUGCUUUGGAUGAUAUCGAGAACUUUGAUGUGUUAGAUUGGUGGAAAAGCAAUGAAAAAAGGUACCCAAUACUUUCUUGUGUCGCUCGUGAUGUUCUAGAAGUCCAAGCAUCUACAUUUGCCUCCGAGUCUGCCUUCUCUCUCGGGAAACGUAUACUAGGUGAUUACCGAAGUAGUUUAACUCCGGAUAUGUUGGAGUGUUCAGUCGUUCUAAAAGAUUGGUGGAAGGCUGAGAUGAAAGAUAUUUUUAAGCCGAUUGAUCCUUUGAAUGAUGAUAUUACUCCGGCAGAUGAACUUGAACGUUUGGCCACUUAA